UUAGAUGGAGGCUCUGACUUUGAAACAUGUAUUGAUCAGCAUCUUCAUUAAUCUCUGCAAAAGUGUGUUCUAAAAACCAGAAGAUCAGGUUUGACAAAAAAGAAUCGUAAUUAUUCAUAACAUGGAACCAAAAGUGGUAUUUGGGAAUUCUCUUCUUGUGCCUUGUGUUCAAGAGUUGGCUAAAGAUACCAUGACCACCAUUCCACCAAGAUACCUGUAUCCUGACGUUGAUCAAACGACCAAUUCCGAUGAUAGUCCUAUGUUGGAAAUCCCGGUUAUCGACCUGAAGAGCUUGCUUUGUGAAGAAUCCAUGGAUUCUGAAUUAGCCGAGCUUGAUUCAGCUUGCAAAGAAUGGGGGUUCUUCCAGUUGGUAAAUCAUGGAGUGAGCACUUCUCUAGUGGAGAAUACAAAGACAGAAAUUCAAGACUUCUUCAACCUCCCAAUGGAAGAGAAGAAUUUUUGGCAAUAUCAAGGAGAAGUAGAAGGAUUUGGGCAAUCCUUUGUUGUAUCAGAGAAGCAAAAGCUUGAUUGGGGUGAUCUCUUCUUCAUUACCAGCCUCCCUGUCCAUUUCAGAAAACCCCAUUUGCUUCCCAAUCUCCCUCUUCCUUUGAGGGAAACAUUGGAUUCUUACUCAUUGGAGUUGGAAUCUCUAGCCAUGACUCUAUUGACAAAGAUGGCAAAAGCACUGAACAUGAAAGUUGAAGAAAUGACUGGCUUUUUUGAAGGAGGAAUGCAAUCAUUUAGGAUGAACUAUUACCCUCCAUGUCCUCAACCAAAGCAAGCCAUUGGCCUUAGACCUCAUUCUGAUGCUGUUGGUCUAACUAUCUUGCUUCAGCUUAAUGAAGUUGAAGGUCUUCAGAUCAAGAAAGAUGGGAAGUGGAUUCCUGUUAAGCCCCUUCCCAAUGCCUUUAUUGUCAAUGUUGGAGACCUUUUACAGAUGGUGACAAAUGGAGCUUAUCGGAGCAUCGAACAUCGUGCAACAGUGAACUCUGAAAGACACAGACUCUCAAUUGCUACAUUCCACAGCCCCAGAUAUGAUGGUGAAAUAGGUCCAGCACCAAGCUUGAUUUCUCCACAAAAACCAGCAUUAUUUAAAACAUUAAGAGUUGAAGAAUACUUCAAGGGUUUAUUUGCUCGUGAGCUCCAAGGCAAAUCUUACCUUGAUACCAUGAGAAUAUAGCAUGGUUAAGACCAAAAAUCAACUGACUCAAUUGCCUGGCCAGUGCUCUGAAAUAAAUGUGGAUUGAAAAUUAAA